AUGGGACAAUUUCUUGAAAGAAUUGAUUCUAAAGAUGAAAAAAAUGUAAAUGAAUCAACAGAUGUUCCAAUAUGGGAUUGUCUUUUAUUAACUGCAAGAAAUGAGAAACAACGAAAUAUAUUCCUUCAACAACUUCAACAUCUGCGCUUAAAAGAAAGAAAUUUUUGUAAAGAAUAUGUUGUUUUGGCAGACAAACCGGAGGGGGUAAGAAUAGGUUCUGGUGGUGCAACCCUUAAUGCUCUUUUAAUAUUUGAAAAACUUUUUGGAAAUAAUUUUAAAAAUGUUCGUUUAUUAUUAUUGCAUAGUGGUGGCCUUAGUCAAAGAAUUCCUCAUGUUGCAUUAACUGGUAAAGCAUUUAUGUUAAUGCCUGACGGAAAAACUUUAUUUGAACAUAAAUUAAUUGCUUAUAGAAAAUUGUUAAAUUCUUUUUCAAAUUUUGGCGGUUUUUUGUUUAUUACUUCAGCAGAUGUUUUGGAAUAUUUCCCAAAUGAUUUCUGUAUUUCAAAUAUUCCAAAAGAAAUUUCUUUAUUUUUGAUAGCACAUCAAUCAAAUUUAGAUGUUGCUACACAACACGGAGUUUAUGUUUUGAAAGAAAAAGGAGAAGUUUAUAAUGUUUUGCAAAAACCAAGUAUUGAACAAUUAAAGAAAGUUUGUGGAGCUAUUUUGGAACCAAAUGAAUUUAGUCCUUUUGAGACGGCAUUGACUGAUAGUUGCUAUAUUAUUGGCCCGGAAUUGAUUGAAAAUUUAAUUAAAAAUAGAAAAGAGAAUGGUAAAUUUUUAAAUUAA